AUGGAUCCCCGACUGAUGCACAUGCCAUUAGUUAUACCUACCUGGCUUGCCUUCGGACUAGAACGGAAAUCUCACCAGCGUCCGGGCCACGGGCCUUUGCGGCAGGGUCGAAUCGCUGCCGACGGCCAAUCCCGCAACCCGUCACGGCGCAACCCCGUCGCCUGCUACGGACAUGGGCUGGUCUCUUCGGCAAUCGACAGUGCCCAACCAGGACUGCCUUUCCCCGUUUCGACACCGGAGCCUCCUCGGCGCCGCCGUGCUCUCAGCCAGUCUUGUCACAUUGCACAAGGAAACAUGAUUUUCUUGACAAGACCCUAUGUCCACCCUGCCUCAGCCGCCAUGUAUGCCGCAUACAUACGAGCCGACGGCUCUCGUCACGCCUUCCUUGGUGUGCUUUUCUCUUUCCUCCGAGUCAGGCAGGAACGCGCAUAA